AUGAUGGUUUCAAGGUCCUCAGGAUACCUUAUCGACAAAGCCAUGGUGAUACCGAUCGAAUUGCCCCUUAUCGAGACAAGUGGUGAUGAUGAUACCAAUCGUGGUUUCUCAAUGUAUUUUUAUCUCCCGGACAAGAAGGAUGGAUUGGACGAUCUUGUGAAGACAAUGGCAUCUACUUGUGGAUUCUUGGAUAGUCACGUUCCACUAUAUCAAGAUUGUGUUAAAGAGUUCAGAAUCCCAAAGUUUAAGAUCGCUGAUGAAUUACGCGGUCGAGAUUUGGGAUUUAGUUCAUUGGCAUUGCCCUUGUUCCAUAAAGCUUGUGUGGAGAUUGAUGAAGAAGGCGCUGAAGCUGCUGCUGCCACUUUUGCAUAUUUUGAUGGGGGAUGUUUUGCUCCUCAUGAGAUGAUAGAUUUUGUGGCAGAUCAUCCAUUCUUGUUCUUGAUUAGAGAAGACAAAACUGGAACUGUUUUGUUCGUUGGUCAGAUCUUUGAUCCUUCCAACUAA